AUCAAGAGUUGGACGCUUAACCAACGGAGCCACCCAGGCGCCCCCUCUCCGUCACUAUCGGACACAAGUUCUAAGUUAGUCACAAUUGCUGGGGGCUUAGGUGUCUUAUGGGACCAGAGAACACAGCUCCCCAGGGUUAAAGCCGGCUGUGGGGGAGUGCACCUUCCGGAACCACUCCUGUGAUGGGAGCCAAGCUCGGCCCCUUCACCUUCCUUUUCUUUGUGAGACCAGACUCUGGCCCUGGCUGAGCCAGAGGCUUUCAUGCCUGUGAUCUCCUUCUAUCCUUAAAUCCUCCCGUAAGCCUGCGGUACCCGCCUCACUGGGGAAGCAGUAAGCGGGGUGGCGAAGAGCUCUCAAACCCUGGUGCUUUCCCAAAACCAGCUGUGGGGUCCGAGGAGAGCCACGUCCAUUCUGUGUGCCCCAAUGCCCUCGUGUGCAAAAUGGUCAUCAAGAUACUCCUCUCACAGGGCUAAAUGAGAGGAUGCCACAAGAAAAAGAAAGCAAAACUCUUAGCAUGACGUCUGGCACACCCAAUAAAUGGCCGUUAUUAGGAAUACUUCCCUCACGGAGCCCUGGAAGUGGAGAGGAGGAAGUCACCGGGGGGUCACAGAGCCAGUGGCAUCCGGGCGACAGGGUGUGGGGCAGGGUGGAAGGACCAAGGCUGUCAGAGUCCCCCACCCCCUUGGGCUUCUGGUGUGGGACGUCAGACCCUCUGCAGCACAGGGAAUUAUUCCACCGAGAAUGAAAGCCGCACUGACUAGCUCACUGCCACUUCCUCCCGGUGCGCGCACGGCCCUCACCGUCUCAAGUGCCCGACAUACUCUUGAAUCAGCACUGCAAAUUCUUGACCCAGAAUCCUCUGCUCAAGGGAGCCGUUUGGGCUUAGCGCCCAGAUUUUUGGAACACCCUCACCUCUUUGAGGCCCCAGGGGAGCAAAAACAAGGCUCCAACCGGCACUUGAGGGCUCAGAUCCCAGAAGAGAGGGCUGGAAAGAAACUUAAAACCAGUGACCGUGCCCCCCUACGGAGUGGACAGAAAACAGUUGCUCAGGUUAUAAAAUCAAGGCCGAGACAGGUCCGGAAGGCUCGUCUAGUAAGUGACGGGAGUCCAGAUGCAGACCGGGAGGCGGGCUCCAGGACCCAUGCUCUGACCCACUGGAGUCUGCACAAACUUUGCAUUCAAAAGGAUGUUAAGACUCAAUCAGGCUACAACCACAUUCAGACAGUAACUCCAACUGGAACUCAGGGGGCGGGCGGCUCUUUGGAGACUUGCUAAACAAACAGAAUCGAGUGGAAGGACUGGUUAGGAUGGAGUGUAAUUAGCUUCCUGUAUUAGUAGGUAAACGGGUAUUUCCAAGAUGCUUCAGAGGCCCUUCGAGUCACGUGCUCGCUUCAGCAUUUGAAAUAUUCUGUCCCCUCAGUCUCUUCUCUUAACUAGACCGCCUGGGCCCUGGUUGUUAAUUACCGGUGUGAUUUAUACCCAAAGCCGAUGGGUAUAAAAUUGCAGUUACACGAGACAAGUAAGUUCUAGGAAUCUGUGGUACGACAUCGUGCCUACUGAUAACAACACUGUUUUACACACUUAAAAAUCUGGUAAGAGGAUAGGUCUCAUGUUAAUUGUUUUUACCACAGUGAAAUUGUUUCAAAGAGAAAAAAAAAGUUUUACCUGAGGAAAUUCUAAAUGAGUCACAUUUACAUAGAUUACAGCAAAAACAAUUCUUAUUUUCCCCUCCACUUGCUCCUGCCAAGGACCAAGUCUCAAAGCGGUUAAAUGCUGACACCAUGGAGUGUUCAGGACUUACCCUGGCAAAGGCAUUAGCAUCUGCUAAAAAUAACCACCUAUUGUCUUACCUCUGACCGGCCAAGGGAUAGGACACUUACCCGCA